AUGCGUUCCACUGGAGUCAGAGUAGCUGAGUGCCUGGGAGUCGGGUUCAGGGACGAUAAGGGCUACGUCCUCUACCCUCAGAUCGGGGACCGGCUGGACCUCAUCUGCCCGCCGCUGGACACGGCCCGGUCCACGCCGGAGUACGAGUUCUACAAGCUCUACCUGGUGUCGCUGCGGGAGCAGGCGGACCGCUGCGAGGUGAACGGCGCGCCCAACAUCGUGCUGACCUGCGACGAGCCCACCCGCGAGCGCCGCUUCACCAUCAAGUUCCAGGAGUUCUCGCCCAACCUCUGGGGCCACGAGUUCAAGAGCAUGCACGACUACUACAUCAUCGCUACGUCAGAUGGGACGCGUCAAGGCCUGGAUAGCAUGAGAGGCGGAGUGUGUGCCACGCAAGGCAUGAAGGUGGUCCUGAAAGUGGGGCAGAGCCCAUAUGGGCUGCCCCCGAAGAAGGAGCCGCCAGCAGGACGCACCACCAGCAGAAACCCAGGCGGUGCGAGGAACUCCUCCCAGGGGCCCACUGCCGAUGACGAGAACGGGCCCCUGCAGCCCUCCAACGUGGCCCUGAUCGCCGGCGCCGCGGGGGGCUCGGCCUUCCUCCUGCUGGUGACGGCCGUGAUCUGCGUGGUGUGCUACAGGCGGCGCCACGCCAAGCACUCGGACACCCACCACCCGCCGCUGUCGCUGUCCUCCCUCACCAGCCCCAAGCGGGGAGGGGGCGGGGGCCUCGGCAGCUCCAACAACAAUGGCUCCGAGCCCAGCGACAUCAUCAUCCCCCUGCGGACGUCGGACUCGGCCUACUGCCCGCACUACGAGAAGGUGAGCGGAGACUACGGACACCCCGUCUACAUCGUCCAGGAGAUGCCUCCUCAGAGCCCCGCCAACAUCUACUACAAAGUAUGAGACGGCCGCCCGCUCCGGCCGACUGGACACGCCCACCUCCCUCUAAUCCGCACCAACCAAUCCCCCCCUCCGCCCC